CUACUGAACCCACAGGCUACCUAACCGCUGCUAUCAUCAUUAACAAUGUCUGCAGCAAGACGUGAGUGCCCCCUCCCUGCUUUUUUUCAUUUUGACUUUUUUCCCAACUUCAUAAUUGUUACUCAGCGACUGUCGAGUGCUAAGGCUGGUGUCGUGGUCAUUGGUUGUUGUGUUGGUAUUACAGGCAUAGGAUUCACCAUUCCUUCGUUGAUCCUCCUCUCGGGAGCCAUAGUUCUACUAUUCCUACUACUACUAGCAGGAGCUUAUGACAAAAGACCACUAAAUCAGAUAUUCUUCCUGGAAGCGGACACCCACGACAUACCCAACGCACCAGACAACCUCUGUCAUUGGACGCUCUACAAUGUACCUUCCCUCCCCUUGCUUACUAGCCCCGUCCCCUUCCACCUAUCAGACACUUUCCAAGUGAAAGAAAAAGUAAAAAAAAGUAAAAACGGAAAUAUCUGAGCUAAGCUAAAUAGUACUGCGACUCUCGCGACGGGAAAAAUUACAAUUGCCGCCCCAAUAACGCUGCAUACCCAUUAUUGCCCCAGCGGAACUUCGGCACGGAGACGAACAUCCCGAGGGACUUUAUUCGCAGUCCCGGGAGGUACUUCUACUUGAGCAGGUUUUUGUACGCCUUUUACGUUAUUGAUUUGUUCUUCGCGCUACUAGCGCUCUUUGCGGCGCUGCUAGCUACCUGUUUUCGAGUGGCAGGGUACUUCGCGGCUGCGGCGUCUGUGUUUGGGCUGUUUUGUAUGAGCUUUUCCGCGGCAAUAAUGACGUUUGUUUUUCCCCAUGCCCCUCCUUGGCUUUCUCCCUCGGUGGUUAAUCAUGGAUGGUUAGGGCAUGCUACGUCCUUGGACAGAGAGCCUUCCGAGAUGAUGGGAGGUUUGCACGGGUUGGUGCUAAGGUACUACUACUCCUGCAAUCUUUCCCCAUCGACGGGACAGUAAUAACCAUACAUUUAUCUAUACACAUAAACCAAGGCGUUCGCCUUCACAUGGACCUGUGUCGUCCUCUUCUUCCUCUCGGGGCUGAUGCUCGCCCUGGGCCUGCUGAAGAAACGCCGCAACACGGAUAGAACACAUCCCUCCAGAACCCGUUAUUCGGGAUUAGCAUCCAGAAUGCGCGGCUCCCGACACUCGCCCAUUGACAGCGGAUGCGCGGAGAAGGAGUACAUCAGCGGAGUCGGCGGUGGGCACGGGAAUAAACAAAGCUCUUACGAGCGUUUGGGUCGGAGUGGGACCGGACUGGGCAGUAGAGGGGCCAGCGGGGAUGCAAGUAGUCAGAGGAGACUCAAUACCGAGUAUCAACCAAAUAACCCGCCUAUGGUUGUUAACUAGGUGGCUGAAUGUUAGGGUAGAUGGAUGGGGGAGGGGGGUAAUGUCUAGUUUUAAACGACGGGGGGAACCUCCAGCAAGUUUAUCUCCUGCCCUGUUGUCCGUGGACAAAAGAGGAGGAGACAAAACUGUAGGACGUUGGUCUCGUAGAAUGGGGUAAUUUGGGGGCCACUGGGAUGGGAGUAUAUAUCAAUUGAGACAUGGUAUUGC